GGUUUGCCAAAUGGACUACUUCCACGAACCGAGAAGCACUGCUGGGAAAAUAGCAACUUUUAGCCUCCUUUUGGGAUUCAGCUACCUUUACAAUGCGUUCUGCGCUAGAAUUGUUGUCCUGCUUCAAGCCACCGCCAACAACUUGCACGAUUACAAGGCUCUAUAUGAGGCCAAGAUGGACAUGGGCGUGGAGGCCACUUCUUAUAACAUCUACUACUUCAGUCACCCAAAUUCCCGAACCAACGAAGACUACCGCAAGCUAAUCUACCAAAAAAAGAUUGCGCCUAACAACAAAUUCCUUCCGGCCACCGAUGGAAUGCGGCUGGUCCAGAAUUCCUAUUUUGCAUUUCACGUCGAAUUGACCACAGCCAGCGACCUGAUUUUGGCCACUUUCAACAACCAGGAAAAGUGCGCAGUCAGAAAAGUGAACAGCAUCUUCAAGGAAGAUAAGCCCUAUUUGGCCAGCCCGAUUAAUUCCACCGUCACUGAGUAUCUCAUGAUUGGGCUAGUUAAUUCGCAUUUAAAGAGUUCUAGUUCUUCCUUAAAAAGUGUUUUUUAGGUUUCAUAGGUUAUUCGAGACGGGGGUGCAUUCGCGCGAA